AUGGCUUCUGCUGGACUUAAUGAUUCAAACCGAGGCAGCGCAAGCGACUUUUUAGAGGAUUGUACUGCUACACAAACGUGUGAACCAUGUAUGAAAACCAACACAUCAAAGGCAGCCACUUUGUUCUGCAAGGAUUGUCAAGAGCUUCUAUGUGAAACGUGCAGAAAUCCACACAUCGCAUAUAAAUCAGGGAAUCAUGACAUUGUGACUCAAGAAAAUGUCGUGGGCAUGAAAGGAAUGGACAGGUGUAAGGAACAUGGAAUGCUAUUCGAGUUUUUCUGCGAAGAUCAUUCUAAGCUAUGCUGCCCUACCUGUGUGUUCACACACCGAAGAUGUGAGGAAUUGAAUGAAAUAUCCAGUAUUUCUUUGCAAGUAGGAGCAGAGCUAGAUAAUUGGAAACAGUGCUUGUUAAUGUUAGAAUCAGAUGCUGAUGCUAAUAUGAUUGACUGCAAGCAGUCGGAAAAACAGUUGAAUGAAUCAAUUAUAGACAUAUCUAAAGAAGUAGAUGAUUUGGGAGAUCGAUUAAUAAAACAGAUUGAAGAAGCCAAACGUGAUUUUCUUACUCAGGCACAUGCUUUGAAGUGUGAAGAGGUUAAACGGCUUAACGACAGGCAUGAUCUCAAUACUAAAAUUAAGGACGAAAUUUUCGAAACAUUGCAAUUUUUCUUAGCCAUUUCAAAAAAAGGUACUUUCCAGCAAAAGUACAUAUUUUUAAAACAGAUUGAAGAGAAAUGUAAAAAAGUCGAAUCCGAAAUAAAUGAACAGCGAACGACGCAAGUUUCAACAAAAGUGACAUUUUCUUAUCCGAGAGAGCUAUCGCCUCUUCUUGGAAUGGGGAACAAUUUCUUUAAGGUGAAUUUGGAACGAUCAGAUGAUGGUGAUGGCAGAUUUUCUGAGUUUGAAGCCCCUUCUCCGGAGAUUCUUAUCGAAACUAAUCCACACUCUGAAAAUGUGCCCAAUGACGAAGCCGACCUGGAUGAUCAAGGAGCUCAUAGUGAACAGGAUGCUAACUGUGAUUCGCAAGGAAAUUUUUAUCUGGUUGAGGUGGAUGAACAAUCUGUGAAACUUCAAAAGAUGCUAUCGAGAGGACGUUUCACAGACGUGUUUGCGGGCAAGCUAAAAGUUGCGGUAAAAACGUUGAAGCCUGGUCAGAUGACGGCAGAAGCUUUCCUGGAGGCGGCCAAACUGAUGUUUCGUCUGCGUCACCCGAAGCUUGUACAGGUGUUUGCCGUCCGCACUGCGUGUGAACCUAUGUGGAUCAUUACGGAGCUCAUGGUUAAUGGGAAUUUACGGGAUUACCUUCGCACGGACAAUGGGAAGACGAUCACGUUUGACAUUAUCGUCGAUAUGGCCGGACAGAUCGCUGAUGGCAUGGCAUAUUUUGAGACAAAUAACUGUAUACACCGCGAUCUUCAGGCGAUGAGGGUUAUGGUUGGGACGAAUAAUGAAAUCAAGAUCGCAGACUUCGAGCUUGCUCGUCGCAUCAUUCAGGAUAAUAUUUAUAAAGGGGACAUAAGUGAAGCAUUUCCCGUCAAAUGGAUUUCCCCUGAAGGAGCAUUUUCCCGAGAGUACAGUAUCAAGUCAGAUGUAUGGUCAUACGGUGUUCUCCUUUAUGAGUUAAUCACUUUUGGCCGUGAACCAUAUCCAGGUAUGAAAAAUAAAGAGGUGUUGAGCUUCGUUGAUAAGGGCUACCGCAUGCCUCUUCCUACGGAUGGCCCAAUCCCCUGUCCUGAAGUUUACUACGAGCAUAUGCUCAAGUGCUGGGACCGAUCACCCGAAGAGCGACCUACCUUCGCGUACCUUCAGGACUUUUUCACCAACUAUAUGUCGUAUGCAGAGAGGAGGCGAGAACGCCGCGAGCGUUUAGUUGCGCUGACGUGUCGACUGAGGGCCUCGCUAAUGUCUUUUGCUAAAUGCCCGCAUACUGCGUCAUUUCCUAUCAAAUGGACUGCCCCCGAGACUGAAUUUAAUCGCAAGUUCUGUAUCAAGUCAGAUAUCUUGUCAUAUGGUAUUUUACUGUAUGGGCUAAUCACCUUUGGCCGUGUACCAUAUCCAGGUAUGAACGGUCACGAGGUUCUAAACCAGGUCGAGAAGGGAUUCCGCAUGCCCCGCCCUACAGGUGGCCCUGUUGCCUGUCCUGCCCAUUACGAGCAAAUGCUCAAGUGCUGGAACUUAUUGCCCGAGGCCAGACCCACCUUCGCUUACUUUCAGGACUUCUUCAACAACUACAUGGUGUCAACUGAAGGGAAAUAUAAACCUUUGGAUUAG